CCAAAGAGAUAAUCAACUCCUGCCUUAAAUCUGUUCCAUAGUUGUAGACGAUGGAGCAAUUGAUUGCAAAAAUAUGGUCACUUAUAGGCCUUUUCACUCUCCUGCAAAAUAUUCUUCCUCCACACCUCCAUAAAAUCUUAAUGGAUUGGUUUUCAUCUAUCAAGUAUUAUUUCAAUCCUCCCCACUAUCAUAUGGAAAUACCAGAAUUCAAAGACAGUCAUGGAGUUAACGCCAAUGAUCUCUAUGAAACCGUUGAGCGCUAUCUCAACGGUCUGGAUGGCAUUAGCCGUACUCGAAGACUGACUGUGUUUCGUGCCAGGAAUUCAACCAAUUUGGGGUUUAUUCCAGCGUUUGAUGAAGUGGUGGAGGACAGCUUCAGGGGAGUCAGGCUAUGGUGGACUCACAGUGCCCUCCUUGAGCAGCGCAGUGGAGGAGGAGGACGAGGACGAGGAGGAGGAGGAGACCGCAAUGCAGUGAGCGAGAGGCGGAGCUUUACUCUCAAAGCAGAGCAGCCAGACAAAGACUUUCUCUGCGCUUACUUCGAUCACAUUGCAAAUCGCGCAGCAGAGCUCAAUACGCUCAACAGAGAUCUCAUGUUAUAUACCAAUACUGGUGAUGCUCGAUGGGGUGAAGGAUGGACAGGUGUCCCCUUCAAACACCCCUCAACCUUCGCCUCUCUUGCUCUCGAUCCCCUGCUCAAGUCCAGCAUUCUCAGAGAUCUUGACCGCUUUAAGAAGGGAAAAGAGUUUUACAGACGGAUUGGGCGUUCUUGGAAGCGCGGAUACCUUCUUCACGGGCCUCCUGGAACAGGGAAAUCGAGCCUCAUUGCUGCCAUUGCUAACUACAUGAAAUACGAUGUUUACGAUCUGGAGCUCACGCAAGUGAUUGACAACAUCGAGCUCCGAGCGCUUCUCACCCAAACAAAAGAGAAAUCUGUGAUUAUUAUUGAGGACAUUGAUUGCUCACUCAAGUUAGCCGAUAGGGCUUCGAAUCCUCCACCAGGUGAUCGACAAGAGCAAGAGGGGAGUAGCGUUACGUUGUCUGGUUUGCUGAAUUUCACGGAUGGGCUGUGGUCCUGCUGCGGGGAGGAGCGCAUUAUUGUGUUUACAACCAAUCACAAAGAAAUGCUUGAUCCCGCGCUUCUCAGAAGUGGGCGGAUGGACAUGCACAUUUUUCUAUCCUCCUGCAGUUUUGACGCUUUUAAAUCGCUUGCCUUCAACUAUUUGCAGGUUGAGGAUCAUCCUCUGUUUCCAGCAGUGGAAGAGAAGAUGAAUUCUGGGGCUGAGAUGACGUGUGCAGAAAUUAUAGAGGUUUUGAUGAAUAAAGUGGAGGAGCCCAGUAAUGCACUGAAUGAUGUGAUUAGUGCUCUGGAUGCUAAGAUUAAGGAAAGAGAGGAAAUGUUUCCAAUUCCACCCACAUCCCGGAAAGAUGUGGAAGAGGAAUCUGAAACCCCAAAUAUGAGAAAGAAUUCUCACAGGGGAUGGUCGGGGAAAAAAAGGGGAGGAAGAAGGCGAGGAAGAUGAUUUUACACCAAAUCUUCUUUUAUUAGAGCAACAAAUGAGCCAAUAAGCAACAAGUGCUUUCUUUUCAUGUUACUUUUGAAGGG